AGGUAGAGGCAACUCCUUCAUCACAUCCAUUUCUGUACAAGUCUCCUCCCGACCUACAGGCUCCUCGCUAUCUCACGUACACACACACACACACACACACACACACACACACACGCAGAGAGGGGCUGUGUGCUCCAGCAUCACUGUGGAGCGGUGUGCAGGCUGCUGCUGGAGGCACGUACUCACCGCCACGCACUGCGCUCCAUCAGACACUCUUCCACGACCAUGAGAGGCUGCUCCAGCCGAUGCAAGUCCACGCAAGUCCAGGGCAACGCGGUAUGUAUGACCAACUGUCCCACCCUGAUCGUCACCGUGGGGCUGCCUGCAAGAGGAAAGACCUACAUCUCCAAGAAGCUGACCCGCUAUCUGAACUGGAUCGGCGUGCCGACCAGAGAGUUCAAUGUUGGACAGUACCGGAGGGAGUUCCUCAAGAUCUACAAGUCCUUUGAGUUUUUCCGUCCCGACAACGAGGAAGGGUUGAAGAUCAGAAGGCAGUGUGCUUCCGCGGCUCUGAACGAUGUGCGACAAUAUUUAACAGAGGAUGGAGGCCAAGUCGCCGUUUUUGAUGCGACAAACACAACCAGAGAGAGAAGGGUCACCAUCCUGGAGUUUGCAGAACAGAACGGUUUUAAGGCGUUUUUUGUAGAGUCUGUGUGUGAAGACCCUGAAGUCAUUCAGGAAAACAUCGUUCAAGUGAAGUUGGGAAGCCCAGAUUACACUAACUGCAACACGGAAGAAGCAGUGGAGGAUUUCAUGAAGAGGAUAAAGUGUUAUGAAAACUCUUAUGAGACGCUGGAUGAGGUCUUGGACAGGGAUCUCUCCUUCAUCAAGAUUAUGGAUGUCGGCCGGCGCUACUUGGUCAACAGGGUGCUGGACCACGUCCAGAGCCGGAUCGUCUACUACCUCAUGAACAUCCACAUCACGCCGCGCUCCAUCUACCUGUGUCGCCACGGCGAAAGCGAGCUCAACGUCAAGGGUCGGAUCGGAGGCGACUCGGGUCUCACGCCGAGGGGGAAAGAGUUUGCUAAGAAGCUGAACCAGUUCAUCCAGACACAGAAAAUAAGCGAGCUGAAGGUUUGGACCAGCCAGAUGAAGAGAACCAUCCAGACGGCAGAGGCCCUCAAUGCCCCCUAUGAGCAGUGGAAGGUCCUCAACGAGAUCGACGCGGGUGUGUGUGAGGAGAUGAGGUACGAGGAGAUCCAGGAAAAUUACCCCCUGGAGUUCGCUCUGAGGGACCAGGACAAAUACCGCUAUCGCUAUCCAAAAGGAGAGUCCUACGAGGACCUGGUGCAGCGCCUGGAGCCUGUCAUCAUGGAGCUGGAGAGGCAGGAGAACGUGCUGGUCAUCUGCCACCAGGCGGUCAUGCGCUGUCUGCUGGCCUACUUCCUGGACAAGACGGCAGAGGAGCUGCCGUACCUGAAGUGCCCACUGCACACCGUGCUGAAGCUGACCCCCGUGGCCUACGGCUGUAAAGUGGAGUCCAUCAGCCUAAACGUGGACGCAGUCAACACGCACAGAGAAAAACCAGAGAACGUAGAUGUGACACGGAUGUCAGAGGAGGCUUUGAUUACUGUCCCAGCUCACCAGUGAGGCAGUUAGCGCUCUCCGAUACCCUCACUCCUUUCCCUCCAUUAGCCUCGAUUACGCACAAUGAACCCUUAAGGCGCACUCUAAAAACCUUGAUUGAACCUCUUUUCUUUGGUCUUUGUUUUUUUUUUUUGUCUUCCGCUUGCAUUUAAAGGCGCGGUGAAGGUGGCAAGUAAGCGGACUCCGGUUGCUAAUCUUUGGGGUUUUCUUGUAAUCCUGCCACGAAUCUUGCCGCGCUCGCUCUCCCAUUCUUGGAGAAUGAACGAAAAGCUUUUUAAAUGGCGCUGCACUCCAAACCCUGAAGCAACGAAGCUCCGGCACCUCAUCUGAGGAAGGACCUUUUAUGUGUAGCAAAAUCUUGCCUGUACGUCUUAGCGAUGUCAAUUUUGCUUUACUAGUGCCUCAAAGUUUUUUUUAUCAAAACUCUAAUCUACCUACACGACUUUGCAGAUUGUUAUUUUUUCUUCCUAACAAUCUUUAAUUUAUUAGAAUGUGAAAGAGUGUUAAGUCAGAAAUGCUGGAUUUAUGUAGCAGUUUGUGCUAAAUAAUUUGAACGAUCUUGAAGGAUAUUCAUAUCAAUGAUCAGAAUUAAAAGGAAUAUUUUUGUUUGCUGUUUGUAAAUAAACUUCACCCAAACAUCCACUGAUUCCUACCAAACUCUCCUUGUGCUUCAUUGUUUUUAAGUUUCCAUUGACAGCUGGUUUGUUUCAGACAUAAGUACAGAAAAACAUAAAUCAAACAAUCACCAGACAAAAAAUGACACCUGUUCUUUUUUUUUUUUACUUAAACACAUGUAGUAGUUUUAGACUUCCUGUCUUAUGAUUUGGUCUAGAGGUCAGAACUGAUGUGGAAAUAUCUGAAAGCUCAACUUACAAUAUCCACUGGUGUUCCCCAAGGAUCUAUGCUAGCCGCCAUUUUCUUUUUUUUUUUUUACUUUUUCGUUUUAAGACACAAGCCACUUUGUCUGACAUGAAGGUAAAUAAAUAUUGUCUAUAUUUUUAAACAAGUUGGGGAAAAAUACACUUGCAUGCUAAAGUUGGUGUCUUUUAUACAGCAGCCUCUUCCUUAUUUCACGCUGCAGAACUUUAAUAAAAAGACUUUCACU